UCUCUCUCUCUCUGCUCCUCUUAGCGUUCUCGCCUCGUUCUGUCGUUCCUCUCGUUCUCUUGCUCUCUCCGGGCUUUAGUUUCACUCGGCCGCUCGUAUCGAGUGUUUCGGAUUAGGUUGUAGUCUGUCCGUGUAGGUCAGCUUCGCCGCCGAAGGGCAGAGCCUGACUCCGCCCCCUUUUUCGUGAUAUGACAUCAUCCAGCGGUUGCCACAGAAACCAGGGCUCCACUGCAGACAGUUGACAGCCAGGCAGGUGCAAUGGCGGCCCAGGUGGAGCUCGAGCCUGGAGUGGUGAGCGGCCGUCUUCAUUUGAGUCCUUUGACUGACUCGAGUAAUAAAACCCUCAUGGAGGAUUCGCCCAUCAUCAGUUCAGACCCCAAGAAACCAAUCCCAGGCCCUAAACCAAGACUCACCCCAAAACCUUUUGCUAUUCAGAGAAAUGCCACAAUACGACCAAUUCUUGCACCCAAACCUCAACCAAAACCGAAACCAGAAUCAUUGACCAGGCCCGAGCCACCAAGUAAACCCAAGCUACCAUCUCCAGCCGUUAAAUCAGGAACUAAACCAACUUCUGGGCCAAGCAGCAGUCCAGAAGAUAAACCAGACCAUUCUUCUCCUUUGAACGAUCCUGAUAAUCCCAAGCCAUCUGAGACAGGAGGCCUGGUACGAAGAACAAGUUUGGGACCUUCUGCAUCUCAGUCCAAGCCUACAGAAUGGCCUUUGCGAUCCAAAACUGGUCCUUCUAUAACUCGGGCAAAAUCCUUGGGCUUCCUCAGUGGUGUUGGUUUAGAAGAGGAUGUAAGUAAAGUAGUUGAUGUGGUCGUUCGUCGUCCUCAGGAAACCAGAAGCUCCAGGCCAAGACCAGUGUCGGCCACUUUCUUGCCAGAACAAACAACAUCAUCUAGUUCUGCCCCGAACCAGGUGAACAGACGUCCCCUUUUGACAGAUCUCACGGCCAAGUUUGAGUCCGUCACACAAAGGCAACCUGCACUGGGGGACAGCAGUAAGGAGAACACACCAGAGACACCUGCUGGUGAAGACGGCGUUAGGAGGAGAGAGAAACACCACACGGAUUUGGAUGCAAAGCUUUUGGAAAGAGCAGGAAGUGGUAUAAAGAGGAGGAUUAGUCUUUUGAUGGACUCGUCCUCGUCCACGUUUUCAGUUCCUGCCACGCGAGUUGACGAGCCCCGUUCUCCAGCACCACAGCUCGCAGACACUGAUGGAGCUGUCGGAGUGAAACAGCGAAUUAAAGAGCUCACAGAGGAUCUCUCCCCUGCAUCGACCCCACCCCAGAAGCCACUGUUUAAGCCCCGCCCACUUCCAACAGAUAGAACAAAACGAUUCGCGUCAGAUGCAGAGAGCACCAGCCCCAGUGAGUUUAAGGGUGUACAGGAGGGAGCUGAGGAGCUGGGCAAAAAGUCCAAGAACCUCCUUUCAACUGGGGAGGCAAAGCCACAAGAAGACCAGAAUGUAACCGGCGGUGUUCAGACUGUCAGAGCAGCACUUUUUGAGAAUGUGGUGGAGAAACACAGCAUCCAAAUGAUGGAGGAUGCUAACUCCAGCUUGGUGAAGCCCACUCCCAGACAGCGUCUCUCUCUUCGGACCAAAGGAAGCGGUUUAUUCAGUUCUCCGGAUGAUGAAGGUGAUGGAUCUCUGGUCAAGAGUUUGGCGUCUCCUUCCAGUCCAAAGCGCAUUGAUCAUGUUUUUGACAUGGUGACUAUGGUUGAGGAAAGUCGUGCAGUCAGUGAAAACAUUCCUGCUGCCCAUUUGGAAGAGAAGGCUCUCACUCUGCGAAGGUCCAAUGGGGGGGAAAGACUGCAGCAACCUUUUCUGAAUGAUGGAAUUACAGGAAAUGAAGAGAACAGCUUUACACAAGGGUCCAAUAACUUCUUAAAAGACAAAGACAGACAAUCGACUGGUUCUCUUACGGAGAAGAGUAAUACCCGUGUCCUUAGAGUGGGAGCGCUACCAAAAUGGGAAGAUCCAUUUUUUGAUGGAGAAAGAGGGUUGGAAAUUGAAAAGCAAAGAGAGAUUGUGAAGGAUAUGGAAGAAGUGAUUCGGAGGCAGACAGAGGUUUACAAGGCUGCGAAAGCAGACAUUGAAGAAAACAAGUUAGAAAAUGAGGCAGAGAUGGAAAGAGUUCCAGCACUCAGAGAACCAAAAGUACCAGAAACUGAGGAUCAGCAGAUGAUGAGACCGAAAACGACUUAUUUUGCCCUUUCAGGUCAAAUGAAUGAGGUUGUCCACCAGAGUGCAGGAAUAGAUGAGGAAAGGAUGUUUGGGAGUGAUAUAAGAGGAAUAGCUAAAGACGGAGUUAAGCCAGAAAUGACAUUUGAGGACUUCUCUGUGAAAAUAGGGCAAAGGGGUUUUCAUAAUCGAGCGCCAUCAAUGAGAAGGAACCAAUCCUCUGAGCCAUCCUUUAGGAAAUCAUCACCAGAAGCAUUGCAAAUCGCAGAGGUGGCACAGUGGCAAACAGGACCACAAAAAACAAUGGAGCAAGAGUCAGAAGAACAGAAACGAGCAGAGUAUGAAAAUAUGAAGGAACUGAAACGACAGCAUGAAUUGGAGAAAGAAAGGCAGAGAGAACGAGAGCGGCAGAGAGAGCUGGAGAGAGAACGAGAGCGACAGAGAGAGCUGGAGAGAGAACGAGAGCGACAGAGAGAGCUGGAGAGAGAACGAGAGCGGCAGAGAGAGCUGGAGAGAGAACGAGAGCGGCAGCGAGAGCUGGAGAGAGAACGAGAGCGGCAGCGAGAGCUGGAGAUAGAACGAGAGCGGCAGAAAGAGCUGGAGAUAGAACGAGAGCGGCAGAAAGAGCUGGAGAUAGAACGAGAGCGGCAGAAAGAGCUGGAGAUAGAACGAGAGCGGCAGAGAGAGCUGGAGAGAGAACGAGAGCGGCAGAGAGAGCUGGAGAGAGAACGAGAGCGGCAGAGAGAGCUGGAGAGAGAACGAGAGCGGCAGAGAGAGCUGGAGAGGGAACGAGAGCGGCAGAGAGAGCUGGAGAGGGAACGAGAGCGGCAGAGAGAGCUGGAGAGAGAACGAGAGCGGCAGAGAGAGCUGGAGAGAGAACGAGAGCGGCAGAGAGAGCUGGAGAGAGAACGAGAGAUGGAGAGAGAACGAGAGAGGCAGAGAGAGAUGGAGAGAGAACGAGAGAGGCAGAAAGAGCUGGAAAGACAGAGGGAGAGACAGAAAGAAAUGGAACGACAGCAAGAACUGGAGAGGCUAAAGGAAAUAGAAAGACAGAAGCAAUUUGAAAAGGAACGUCAAAAUCAGAUCGAAUCUGAGAUGAGACGACAGAUAGAAUUAGGAAGAGAGAAGGAAAGAUUGCUAGAGAUGGAAAGGAUAAAGCUUCAGGAGUAUGAACGACACCAGGAGAUGGAGAAGGAUAGAAAAAGACAGUUGGAGCUUAAUAGGGUGAGGGAAAUCGAAAGACAAACACAAAUAGAGAGUGAAAGGCAAAGAGAUCUUGAGAAGCAGAAAGAACAGGAAAAACAAAAAGAAAUGGAGAGAUGGAUGCAGUCAGAAAAACAGAAGAAGCUCAAAAGGGAUGAACAGAGACUUCUUGAUGAUCUCAAGAACGUUGAGGAUCUGGAGAGACGCCAGCUUCUUGAGUUUCAACUUCACAAAGAUAGUGAACGGGAAAACAGGCCCACUAGGAGGGACCAGGAAAGAGUGGAAGUAGGGCAGAGAGAGGCAGAACAGGGAAAGAGAACUGCAGAGUCUUCUCUUCGACCACAAGUGCUGGACCUGGAUAAUGUUUCUCUCGGGGAUCGGUUUGGUACGAGUUUGAGCAGCGAUCAGAGCCCAACACCCAGAUGGAAGCAGCCUUCAAAUCGUGAUGAAGGACCAUACAAACCAUCAAUUUUGGAUGUUGAUUCUUUUAAGAACCAGACCCAAUCUUUGGAUGCUUUUGGAAUGACUGCAUUCUCAAGUUCGGAUCCUGGUAAAGCCAAACCGAUGACUCGGACUAGCGGAGCCAAAUCAUUAUCUCCAAUUCGUCCUCAAUCCUUGUUGCAGAACCUCCAGAGAGAUGUACCUUCUCAGUCUAAGAUGCAGGCUCCUUCUAAAUCUGCCCUCUCAGAACAAGCAAGACUUCCACCACCACUUCAGCCCCAGAUUCUGAACCAAGCAGUACCAGUUGAAACAGAAAGGCUUAAACCCCAAAUUCAAUCGCAGUCUGUCCCCUCAGACUGGACCCAUGGAACGCAUCAAUUUGACACCUGGAAUAUAUCACAGGGGGAGGUAGCUGUGGAUGAACCUACAUGGCUGUCUUCCACCGAAAUUCCCAAAAAUUCAUUUGGUGGCAGACCACCCAGUGUGGAGCAGAUACUUCAACGACAGGAUGCACGAAGUACAGGACCCUUUAGCACGUCUUUAGCACCUUCACAGACACCAGCUUUAACUCCGGGUCAGUCUUCUGGCCUCAUACGCCCAAUGGUUCCUCUUCAGAUGCCUACACCCAGCCAUGCAACCUCCCCAGGUCACAUUUUGACCCCAGAGAGAAUUUCAAAUGCAGAUAGUCUUUUUGCUGGGGGUAGAAGGGAAAACCAGACUGCCUUGUCCAAGCUGGUACCAGAACCAAGCUGGAGCCCAAGCUGGGACCCGUUAUCCCAGGAACCGAGCCAGGGCACCACAGAGCAUCAGUCACGAAUGCGCUCAAGAAGUGUAAACCAGAGAUCUGCUUUGGUAGAGACUUCUGUAGACGGGCCGCUAGCUCGAAUCAGGAGCCGCAGUGCACAUAGGGACAAAAGACAAGACAGCUGGGAGCAGCUGAAGUCAGGAGGACAGGAUGAGUGUAAGGACACCGACACCCUGGUGCAAGAGACGGACAGUCAGUAUGGGACAUGGGGCACAGGACUGCACACGGAUGAUAGUCUGACCCCGGUGACCCCAUCGGACAGCAACUUCACUCCGUCUCCACGGAAACCCUCUUUGCCUCACACCCCGGAUCAGCUAAACCAGGACGAGCAGGAGGAGCCUCUCAACUUCCCACAGUCUACCACUGUCCUGCUAGACUCCAGUGCUCAGCGUUCCAAAGCUCAGCUGAGUAAGAGCUGUCGCCGCCGCAGAGCCCCGCCCUCGCGAGCUGCUCGUCACAGCGCCGUGCUACCAGAUAGCCUGGAUAUUACGACAGAGGAAUGGAGAUUUAAAGACUCAACAGAGGAUAAACCCGACUCGGCGAAGCAGCAGGAUGAAGAGUCGGAUGAGGAGGAACCGACACGCUCAGCAGACGCUCGCACCUCCUCGUCCUCCGCCUCCUCCCAGUCUCAGAGGGUGUCGCUCUUCCCCGGCAUGGACCCCUCUGCGCUCAUGGCCCAGCUGAAGAAGAGAGGAGAGUCAGAGAGUCAGACAGACGGCCCGUCUCCAGCACAGCUGUCCCGCUCCCCUAAAUCACCCUUCCUGGGCCGAGCGUCGCGGGUGCUGCCCCCUGUUGGUGGUAAAGAGAACGGGGAAGAGUCGUCGUCUCCUCAGUGGCUGAAGGAACUCAAGACAAAGAAACGCUUCAGUCAAAUCGAGAGCGACAGCUAGAACGCAACAUGAUGCCUUAUAUAUGGAGAGUGUGUAGCUGUGAUGAAACAAGCCUUAACCUUUGACCCCGGCAUUGAUGGGACCUUUGCUGCUGCUGAUGACAUCAUCGUUCACCUCGCGUUUCUCUGUGCUCCUCCCAUUGGCCGAGGCGUCACACGUGCAUGGUGCCUUUUUAGGAGAUCUGCGACUGACAAGAAGAGAUCUGUGUGUGUGUGUAUGUGUGUGUGUGAGUGAGAGAAAGAGAACGUGUGUCGGAGUGUGUGUUUGGUCUUUUCCUGUGAGAGGAUUCCCUGUUGCAUAGAGCCACUUUAUCGAACCCAACACUUCCUGGUUUGUGAUGUCAUCAGGAAGAACACGGUUGACGGGACCACACAGACGCGUACGACCAGGAACCGCUCGUACGCCUGGAGCGCGGCCUUUUACUCCGUCGCUCAUUUUUAUUUUACCUUUUUUUUUUGUCCAUUUAUUGACUUUUUUUUUUUUCUCCGCUUGGUGGGUUUCGGUGUCGCACACGCGUCUCUGUAGGAUGCCUUUACUUUUGUUUCUGUUGUUUGUUGUCUAUAAUCCGCGGCUAAACGAUGGCUGCACUGACUCUCGAGCAGUAUAGAAGCAAGUGUUUAGGAGUUUUUAAAAAAAUCGUUAAAAUGUAAUCAUGGGUUUUGUUUUAAAGGUUUAAAGAAGGCAUUUGGACAAAAACACAGAAAUAAUGCAUUAUAUAUACUUAUAUAUGAAUCUAUUUUUAAAGAAUCUUCUUUAACCCUCGGUUUAUCCGUCUUGGUGGCGGCAUCCAGGAGAGAUUUUUCUCGUUUAAAAAAUAAAUAAAUAAAAAUAUGAUUACAUGAAAUAUGCGGGAAGAUACACAAAGGCUGUGACUGACGCCUCUGAACACGCCCUCGUUAGUAACCGGUCAUCAGUCGACUGGGUACACCACCGUCCGUACAGCGCGGGUUCUUCUGCUUUACAUCACACAAUAAUCUCUAUAACCAUGCUACGUUUGUGUAUUAUAAUUAACCGCCAUGCUAAUAGAUAUUUAGUUUAAAUCAUAAUCAUUCCUGCUUCAUUUCGGGGUGGACAAAUCACACACUUCUCAGCGUUCCCAUCGCACAAGUGAGAACUAUAUACACAUGAUUGAGCCUAGCGAAGUACAGUGGGCUAGUUUAGCUAGUUAGCCACACAGAUUCGCAUUCAUGUUACUACCGAGUCGGGUUUCUGAUGCGCCAUGUUGUGUUUGUGUCCAAAUCAAAACCCAACGUCAGGAAGUCACAUAAAAGACAUAAAAGAAGAAAUUCUUCUCAUGAUGUCCGUAUUUCUCACUCUGAAGGCGCUUGCUAGUUAGCCUGACUGCCAGAAUCCGCAUCUGAACUUGGCGUGUGGGAUUCAGAACAAGUAGCUGGCGGUGUAGAGUCGUCGCUAGUGUAGUGAGCUUACUUGUCCGCUGUGAUUAAAAUGAAAUGUGUAAAUAAAUAGGGCACGGAGGGCCUGUUCUUCCCCCUGGAUGACGAUUUGUCCACUUCUGCAAAUGUUUCUGACAUUUUUGACAUUUUAAAUCAAACGAGUUUCUUUUACAGCUGUGUGUUUUUAUAUCGAGCCAUUUAGACAAACAUUCCAUUACAGAAUAAUCUAUUUUAUGCAUUUUUCAUCUUUAGCUUAGCACGGCUAGUGUAGCUAACACCUAAUCCUAUCGUAUCCAUGCACAGUUGCACACACACACACAGCACAAAUAAAAACACUUUUUGUAAAAUAGGAGUUGUUUCACCACUAUAAGCCCCGCCUAUAAACUUUAAAGAUGGUGUUUCACCAGAGCCAGGAUGUUAAAUAAUUGAGUAAAAGUUUUUAGCAGACAUUCAGUUAUUAAGUGAGCGAACUGCACGUACAAUCAUUUAUUUCAAUCAUGCUAGCUGCUUGCUUUAACAACAGGCCAAAAAAAGCGAUCAUUAGUGAUGUUGCACAAUCAGAGCGGACCUCGCUGUCGCCCCGCGUGCUGUUCCAGUGAGCGUUAAUCGCUGAAAUCUGGUGUUCCGUCUUCUUCACUGUGUCCUGACAUGCAGAAAAGAACCCCCCCCCCCAUCCCCCCCGUAAUGAACACCAGGACUGCGCGACUGCCCGCUGUGUGAAGCAUGUUCGGAUGUGGAGAGAGUGUGAGUGUAGCGUGGCGUGCGAGUCUUCUCCUUGUGUUUUUGUCCAUUCAUGGGAAAUUCGUCUGUAUUUUAUAAUUUUACAGUAAAGAUGUUUAUUGCACUGUGUUGUUAAACCGGUGGUUAUGACUGUAAAUUCAUAAUAAAAUUUACAAUAAAUUUAUUUUCAUGGCU